AUGACGUGGCCGUGCGCUGUCAUACGCUCACCUGAACGGGUCCGGGUGACCGUACUCAGACGCAGACAGGAUGGAUCCGGUCUGCGUCAGAGCACAAACACCUGGACCCGCACGGAAGUGCAGUUCAGGUGUGCGUAUGACAGCGUACGGCCGCGGCCCCCCAUUUGGAAAAACAGGCUGCUGCACGAAAUCGCACGCAGCACUUCUCCCUCCCGGGAAUGGUCCGAUACGGGCGUGCAUGCCGCACAGACAUAUCCUGGUUCCGGUCUCAGUAGCAUUCUCAUGGGCCUUCAGGGUCAUGUGACCAAUGAACGCUCAAAUUUGGCGAGCAUUAUGAGCAUUCCAUACGACGGGGCUGGGAAGUCCCGUGUACAGACCACCACACCGGCUGGCAGGGACUUCAGACACAAUAUAACAGACGGAUAUUCACCUUUCGGAGACACGUCCGGCGCUGAGCGUAGUGCCCCACAGGCCAUCACCUUCUGCCCUCCAGCACAAUCCAAACAUGACUGGAUCGGCCCUCCGGAUCGAUACUCCAAUCUGCGUCCUAUCAAAUACUUUAUUCCUAAAAAUGAGUCCCAUCUGGAAAGGAAACUCCGAGAACUGAGACAGGAAACACAAGAGUGGAAUCAAAGAUUUUGGGAAAAUCAGAAUCUCUCAUUUAUUACGGAAAAGGAAGAAUUUAUCGCUUCAAAACUUAACGCUUUAGGGCUGGGCCGGAAAGAUGAAGAAGGACGCAAAAGGACUUUAGAUGCAAACGUAAUGGCAGAUUUUUAUAGGGAUUUCCUAAGCAAGAACUGUGAGAAGCAUGACCGCUAUAACAGAGAGUGGUAUAAAAGGAAUCUAGAAAUCACAUUUCUUAUGGGAAAAGUGCAACUGCAGAGAGCUCUGAGAAAGAUCGGCUGGGGAUGGACAACACCAGAAAACUGACAUUAUGUGUUAGCUGGAAAAAAAUCAUGUAAUUUACAAGAAUACAGCAGACCCUACUGACGUCAUCUCUGCUGGCUUGGACGGUUUAUUUUUCCUAACAGUGUCUCAGAUUACCUCACAUUGACAUUCUGCUGAAGUUCUUCGAUAGGACGAGUGUUCAGAAUCA